GUGUAUUAAUUAAAUUAUAAAUGUUGGAGUUUGGGGGCCAAAAUUUUCUAUAUAAGGUCGCCCAUGUAUUUUCCAAGAACUCAUCAACGAUCUUGUAAAGAAGUGGUUAAAUUAGGGUUGCGGCAUUAAUAGAAAGAUGGCUCUAUCCGGAAAAUUAAUUGGUCAUGUAGAGAUUAGUAAAAAGGGAGAUGUCUUCCAUGAUCUCUUUAGGCACAACCCACAUCAGAUUGUUGCGAUAUCCCCUGAUAAGGUCCAUGACUGUGAACUGCAUGCUGGUGAGAGGGGGGUCGUUGGAUCGACAAUCUGUUGGCACUAUACUCAUGAGGGAAAGAAGAAAACUUCUAAGCAGAUAAUUGAAGCAGUCAAUGAGGAAAACCACAUGAUUGUGUUUAAGAUUAUUGGAGGAGAUCUGGUGGAGGAGAUAUACAAGACCUUUACAAUCAUCUUGCAUGUUGAACAGAAGGGUGAUGGACAGGUCGCGACUUGGACCUUUGAGUUUGAGAAGCCAGAUAUAAGUACCCCCUAUCCAACUUCUUUGAUGGACUACCUUUGCAAUCUCGUGAAGGACUUGGAUGCCCAUAGCAGCACUAAGUAGUUCUGCAAUAUUUCUAAUUUAUCAAAGACGGUAAUGAAUGGAAGUUCUAGAUGUGUGUUUCUCCAUUCAAAGAAUAAAUUAAGAUGGUGAAUAAAGAAACAGACGUGCUCGUGUUGUUAUAGUAUCGAUGAACCUUUGCGAUUUGGUGUGAUAUUAUGAUAUAUUCAUGUAUGAUUAAUCUCCUUUCUCAGUAAUUUUUGUUGUUAGAAUGUUUUUCGAUCCCCAAAACAAAUCGUGAGAUAUAACGAUCGAUCUCUGAACCUACACAUGUCAUGACCUUUCUAUGAACUGGAACAAGCAUCUUUAAUCCAAUUAUACGCUAUAUCUUAGAAGAAUCUGAGCUAAGAAAUAUAGCAUCUUUUGAAAAGUAUACGAAGUGGGUAGCCUUUGACUUUUCAGGGGUCUAUUUAAAUAUUUAAUCAUAACAACGACU